CAAGAUGUAGUUCCGCGUACAGUCGUAUCCUGCACUCCUCUUACUUUCCUAAUACUGUCGAUAUCAAGAACAAGAGAAUUCACACGCAUCUCUGCUAAGAUACCUAUCAAAACAAGAUGGCGCCUCUGUUUUCAAAGUUUCUCGCUCUGAAUGCUGCCCUUUGGUCUGGGGCUCGAGCGGAAGAAACCGAGAAAAAAGUCGAUGGGCCAGUUGUCGGAAUAGAUCUCGGAACCACGUAUUCCUGUGUAGGAAUCUACAAGAACGGACGCGUUGAGAUCAUUCCGAAUGAUCAGGUACUGAGGUUUGUUUGUUACUUAGGUUUGUUUGUUUGGGCGAUACGCAUCCCUUCGUAGGAGAGACUGUUGCUUUGGUGCGGGAAAGUGUAGACCCUGGGACCAAAAAAAAAGCGUUCGCCGUGGCAGCGUGAACAAUGAAGGAAUGAAAAACCUACCUUAGGACAUAGUUGCUUGUCGGUUCUGGUGGAGAGGAGGGGGAUAUUUAUAUGAGUGAUGUUUGCACGCAGAGUAUUUUGAUCUCAUCCGGGAUAACCUCCUAGAGCAGUCGUAGCUUCAUUGACAUCUCAACAAAACCGCAGGGUAACCGCAUCACGCCGUCUUACGUUGCUUUCACGGUGGAUGACGAUAAUGAAGCCAGGCUCAUCGGGGAGGCCGCUAAGCAACAAGCUACCGUCUAUCCAGAGCAGACUUUGUUCGAUGUGAAGCGACUGAUCGGUCGCCGAUACAAGGACAAGUCUGUCCAAAGCGACAAGAAGCUUCUUCCCUACGCUAUCGUGGACAAGGGCGGAAAGCCCUACAUCAGGGUGAAAGUCAAAGGUAUAGUUACACGAUUUGAAUUUUUUGUCUCGUAGAUCAAUAGGGGUGGUUCUCCUUAGUUCUUGUCGAUUGCGGAGGUUUCCAAUUCAGUGAGGCCUGAUCAGUGAGAGAUUUUUCGACGAAUUCCCUCUUCGCCUACUAAUUCCCUCUUUGCCUACUCUUAGUACUUAUAAUAAGCUUACACCUGAACUUUUCAAUUUUAUUGUCUCCUGUUUCUUUCCAGGUGAAAGCAAGGACAUGUCCCCCGAGGAGGUAUCGGCGUUGGUGUUGGUGAAAAUGAAAGAGACCGCUGAGAACUAUCUCGGUAAAACUGUUAACCACGCGGUUAUCACGGUCCCAGCUUACUUCUCUGAUGCUCAGCGACAGGCUACCAAGGAUGCUGGUACCAUCGCGGGAUUGAACGUGAUGCGUAUUAUCAAUUAUGGCGAGUGGAUUAUUCCUCUUUGUGAUAGAGAUUAAUAUUAAUGUUUUUUUUGAGAAGCUACGUAUCAAAAAACAAGCAUAUUGUUGGGGACAGCGUUUUGUUUUUCCAGUCGUACUGUCGGUUUAGCAAAAUGUGCUUCAAGUGCUGAACGGAGAAAAAAUGUAUCUGAGAAACUACUAACUUCCUCUAAUGCUCCGAGCCCACCGCUGCUGCCAUCGCUUAUGGUCUGGACAAGCAAGCCGAAAAGAACAUCCUCGUGUACGAUUUGGGUGGUGGUACCUUCGAUGUGUCCCUGUUGACGAUCGACAAUGGUGUUUUCGAGGUCGUCGCAACGAGUGGAGAUACGCAUUUGGGUGGGGAGGACUUCGAUCAGCGUCUGAUGCAGCACUUCAUGGAGCGAUUCAAGAAGUCCACUGGGUCGGACAUGUCGAAGGACAAGAAAUCCAUCCAGAAGCUGCGUCGCGAAGUCGAGAAAGCCAAAAGAGCUCUGUCAUCUACUCCAAGCGUGCAAGUUCGUGUGGAAGCCCUGUUCGACGGAAAAGAUUUGGACGAUACAUUGUCUUUAUGGAGAAGGAAGUAGAGUCAAAGCAGAAGCAGCGUCUUUGGACCGUAUCUUUUGGACUUCUAGUUGUACAGUACAUUCAUUAAUAUAAUUUCAGCUCAAUUUUUGCGUUCACACAAGGCUCGUCGUGGAAAGGAACUUGGGGACUACACAAAGCUCCAAAGCGAAAGCUCCAAGACGAGCUUUGUGUAAUUCCCAAGUUUGUUUCAUCCCCAAGUUUGUUUCAUCCCCAAGUUUGUUUCAUCCCCAAGUUUGUUUCAUCCCCAAGUUUGUUUCAUCCCCAAGUUUGUUUCUGCCACUUCUAACCUCGCGUUCCAGAUUCGAGCAGUUGAACGACGACCUCUUCAAAAAGACCUUGAAGCCAGUGCAGGACGUUUUGUCGGAUUCCAAGAUGUCUAAAUCCGAAAUUCACGAGAUUGUCUUGGUUGGAGGCUCUACCCGUAUCCCGAAGAUUCAGACGUUGAUCAAGUUAUGUCCUGGGGGUUGAUGCGAGUUGUUGUCAGAGUAUGUAUUUACCUAGGUCACCCAUCAUCCUCUGAGGCGAGCAGGCGCCAGUGGGACUCGUUGUGCAGGAUCCAUAACCUAACCUAGCCUGUUUGCGCGAUUUGCGGCCAUCUCUACUUCAGUCGGGUUGGCAAUUUCCGCAUCAAGCAAGGAAGUUUGCUGUUGAAGUAAGCACUGUUAUAUCCCCCGUGCUUUUACUGUAGCACCCGCUGGUUUGAAACUCUAACUCUCGACUUCUUCAACGGCAAGGAGCCCAACCGCGGUAUCAACCCCGAUGAGGCUGUUGCCUACGGUGCUGCUGUGCAGGCAGGCAUCCUCAGUGGUGAAGGUGGACAGGACUUGCUGUUGUUGGACGUGACGCCGUUGACUCUGGGUAUUGAGACUGUUGGCGGAGUUAUGACCAAACUGAUCUCGCGAAACACCGUUAUUCCAACAAAGAAGAGCCAAAUCUUCUCGACCUACCAAGACAACCAGCCAGCAGUGAACAUUCAGGUACUUCUACUUAGAGACUUAGACUGAUAUGAAUUCUACUUGUGACAAAAGCAAAACAAGACUCUCCGCUUCUUCACGAUACAAUUAAGUUUUGCUGGAAGGAAUCUCUAGAAGUUGUGAAGACGUCUUAGUCACAAAUGGAAAUCAUUCUUGGCAUCUAUGGCAGGUCUUCGAAGGCGAGCGUCCGAUGACGAAGGACAACCAUUUGCUGGGUAAGUUCGAGCUUGGUGGAAUUCCUCCUGCUCCACGAGGGCAGCCGCAGAUCGAGGUCACCUUCGAGAUCGACUCAAACGGAAUCCUCAACGUUGGUGCCGAAGACAAAGGAACCGGAAAGUCUGAAAAGAUCACCAUCACCAACGAUAAGGGAAGGCUUACGGAAGAGGAGAUCGAGAGGAUGGUGCGAGAAGCUGAGGAAUUCGCAGAGGAAGACAAGAAGGUACUAGAGAAGAUUUUUUCUACUACAAGGAUAUCAACAGAUCACUUACCACCUGGGUUUACAACUUUUAGUCUAUAUUUGUUGCUAGCAGUACGUAGUUCAUGCGCUUGAAUGAUCCCCAUACUCCAGGUCAAAGAGCGAAUCGAUGCCAAGAACGCUUUCGAUUCCUACAUGCAUGGUUUGAAGUCGGCCGUUGAAGGUGGCGCUGAUGGAAAGGGCCUUGGGGACAAGAUGGACGACGAUGACAAGGAGAAGGUAAUAUUUUGCUUUUGGAUAGGAAUCAAUAUCCAGCAGAUAAAUUAGGGGUCAACGGGUGGGUACUAUCGUCUUGAACACCUUGACUUAGCUGCACUCCAUUGAUUGUGAGUCUCCGAAAAGAAUGAUCCUACAAGACAUAAUGACAAUUGUAGGCAAAGGAUCUGCUAGAAGACAAGUGCCUUCCUCCCAAGACUCAUGAGACGACAAACGGAUACCUUCUCUCUUGCUACUAUGACACAGGUAAAGGAGGCCAUGGAAGACGGACAAUCAUGGAUGGACUCCAACCCUGAGGCUGAUGCAGAAGAUAUCAAGGAGAAACACAAGGAAGUUGAGGGUAUCUGUGCCCCGGUCAUCUCGAAGUACUACGGCGCAGGAGGAGCCGGUGGCGCCGAAGGUGGUGCCGAAGAAGACGAUGAUGACGAAGCCCAUGACGAAUUGUAAUCUUCGUGAUUUCGAGUUCAUGUCUUGAAGUUAGAGUAUAAACCCAUGACGAAUUAUUGUAAUCUUCGUGAUAUCAUCAAGUUGCUUGUGUUGUUCAUGUCUUGAAGUUAGAGUAUAAACACAAAAGAAGUAAUGUUGACGUAGUAUAGUACUUGAUUUCUUCAUUUUUCCAUUUGUUCGAUGCCAGCUAGAAAGAUAGGGAUUCAAAGUCGUUCAUGAUGCAGAUGUCGCAUUUUCGUUAUGAUUGUACGUAGACGACACAAGAAGGGACCCCCAUAGAAGGCGUAGGUCUCGAAGAGAAGUUUCUACAGGGUUCCUGUGGGUUGCAGUGCUGAGAUAUCGUAAUUGAUCACCACCCUGCGACGUAGAGAACUGUUGUAGUAGAUUACCCUCCCACACAUAACGACGUGUAAAGACUGUGUGUACCCUACGAACUCCCCGCGUUGUAACCCCACAGUACAGAUUGAAAGACUUUUCCUGAUGCUCGUAGAAACCGUUUUGUACAUUGUGCGAGGAAGAUGAAAAAUUUAGAGGGUCUGAACAGCACAAGAAUGGCCAUUGCAGGGAAGGCUCCCGUCGUCGCUUGCUGAACCCGUUUUCUGGAGACGAG